UCUCUCAAAGGUUCAGCCCAACUAUCACUGGCAACGAUUCUGAUAUUUUCUCCUUUCGCUCUUCUUUCUCCUCCGACUACGUCCAUAUUUCUCCCUCUCCCCUUUCUCGUACAACGGCACCGGAAUAAUUUCAUAACUUAAAUCUACUUUAACCCAAAACAGCCGGGAAAGUAUGCCGGUUGAAGUAUCAAACAGAGUAGCUGAAACUCUUGGUUAUCCAAACGGCGAUUUGAGACCUCAAAACCCUAACGCCGCCUCUAAGAAAUCGAAGGAAAGCGAGAGGCGCCGUAGGCGGAGGAAGCAGAAGAAGAACAAGGCGGCGUCUCAAGUCGCCAAUGGAGAAGAUAGUGAUAACGCUGCCGGAGACGCAAAUGGCGGCGCUGAGGAUAGCGCUAAGGAAAAUUCCGAUCCUCAGAAGUCUUUGGAGCAAGUUGAAGUGGAGUAUGUACCAGAGAAGGCUGAAUUAGAUGGUGAGUUCGAUGAGGAAUUCAGGAAGGUUUUUGAGAGAUUUACUUUCACGGAUGCUGCUGGUUCCGAGGAGAAUGAAAAAAAGGAUGAAACUGCUGUGGAUGGAGCCUCCAAGAAAAAGGCUGAUUCUGAUUCUGAGGACGACGAACAGGAUGACGCACAGCUAAAGGAGAAGGGCAUCUCUAACAAAAAGAAAAAACUUCAGCGUAGGAUGAAGAUUGCAGAACUGAAACAAAUCUCUAUGAAGCCUGAUGUCGUUGAGGUGUGGGAUGCUACUGCAGCAGAUCCUAAGCUCUUGGUAUUUCUGAAAUCUUAUCGAAAUACUGUUCCUGUUCCAAGGCACUGGUGUCAGAAACGGAAAUUUUUGCAGGGGAAGCGUGGAAUUGAGAAACAACCAUUUCAACUUCCUGACUUUAUAGCUGCAACAGGAAUUGAGAAAAUUAGACAAGCUUAUAUUGAAAAGGAGGACAGUAAGAAGCUUAAACAAAAGCAGCGGGAAAGGAUGCAGCCAAAAAUGGGGAAGAUGGAUAUCGAUUAUCAGGUUCUCCAUGAUGCCUUUUUUAAGUAUCAGACUAAACCGAAGUUGACACAUCAUGGCGAUCUGUAUUAUGAAGGGAAGGAGUUUGAGGUCAAGUUGAGGGAAAUGAAACCUGGAAUGUUGUCUCAUGAACUGAAAGAGGCCCUUGGUAUGCCUGAAGGUGCUCCUCCUCCUUGGCUCAUCAAUAUGCAGAGAUACGGUCCUCCACCCUCUUAUCCUCAGCUGAAAAUCCCUGGACUCAAUGCUCCUAUUCCACCAGGAGCCAAGUUUGGCUAUCAGCCGGGAGGUUGGGGUAAACCACCUGUUGAUGAAUUCGGACGCCCUUUAUAUGGAGAUGUCUUUGGUGUGUUGCAACAAGACCAGCCUAAUUAUGAGGAUGAACCUGUUGACAAGACUAAGCAUUGGGGUGACUUGGAGGAGGAGGAAGAAGAGGAGGAAGAAGAAGAGGAAGAAGAGAUGGAGGAAGAGGAGCUGGAGGAUGGUAUUCAGUCAGUGGACAGCCUUUCAAGUACUCCUACUGGAGUUGAGACUCCUGAUGUUAUUGACCUUCGCAAGCAGCAGAGGAAGGAGCCCGAGAAGCCCCUCUACCAGGUGCUUGAAGAAAAAGAAGAAAAGAUAGCUCCUGGAACGCUUCUUGGAACAACCCAUACGUAUGUGAUCAACACUGGUACUCAAGACAAGACUGGUGCCAAAAGGGUUGAUCUGCUCAAAGGUCAGAAGUCAGAUAGAGUUGAUGUCACAUUGGCACCUGAAGAGUUGGAACUCAUGGACAAUGUCUUACCAGCCAAAUAUGAGGAAGCUAGAGAGGAAGAGAAGCUUCGUAGCCAGCGUGAAGAUUUCAGUGACAUGGUAGCAGAGAACGAGAAGAAGAGGAAACGUAAAAUGCAGGAAAAGGAAGGCAAGUCCAAAAAGAAGGACUUCAAGUUUUGAGGUGGUUUUGGGUUUAUAUAAUGUACCAUCUAGUUACUUUAGGGCUGCAGUAUUUCCAGCUAAGGGGCAUCCCGUCUUGAAGGAAUAGCAUUAGUUGGCCAAUUUGCAGUUUUUGCACUACGAGAGAUCUGUAUGCUGUAGUGAAGUAUUUUCCAUGCGUUUAAGCACAGGAAAUGCUGUAUGAUAACUUGAUCCUGUCAAUGUGAAUCUUAGUUUAUGGCGCUCUCAUUUCACUUCUGCAUGCUGUCGUUGACGGUUUAUACGCAACUGUAAGGUUGUUCAGCUGUACCUGAACAUUGAAAAACUCUCUUGCUCUAGUUCAAAUAUGUGCAACUUGAUUGUAAUUUUAGUUUUAGUUCCAAUAUAGAUGUUACGUAAAUGUACGACUA